GGGGCGGGGAUCUGGAGAAAGUGGUCUGGUCUAGGCCCAGGCUGGUUCCAAAAGGCGGAGUCUAUCUUCCCGGCCUCGGGUUUUGAUAGGGCCGCGUCAGCUGGCCGAAGAGCCAGAAAUUCGGAGCUGCUGCCUUCGUCGCUGCCAGGUCGCCCGGUCCCUCCGGGAAUUCCACACACCUUAUUCCCGCCUGACUGAGCCCCCAGCUGUGCGCUGUGCUCCUUCUUUACUAUUCCUCCCCCAACAGACGGGUAGUGGGUGCCAGGGAAUACCUGGAGAGCGGGAAUGGGCGGGGCUGGAGAAAACCCCUCCCCUGCAGGAACUGAAUUUUAACUUCCUCACACCCACGUCGGAUGAUUCUCUUCCUUCCCCCCACCCCGAGUGCACUGGCUCGUCCCGGAACCUUGGCCUCCGGGCUCACGCGCUACUGGCCUGGUCCAGAAGCUCCGCCCAGUUGUCCCCUCUUCCUUCCCCCACCCCCGACUCCCAUCCGAUUUGGGCAAGCCGGGGCUUGGGGAGGAGGGCCUGAUCACAGACACCGCACACCUGCGCCCCCACCGCCCCCCGCAGGGAUCCGGGGGAGCCGAUCUUCCAUUCCCAGCGCCCUGCUUAGGCCUCCGCCUGCUUCCUCAAGUUUGUGGCGUCUUAAGCUUCCCCAAGUGAAAAUCUCCCUCAGGAUGGGUGAGACAGUCUCCAGGUUUGGCUCUCAGGAGAGUGAGAGCAAAUGUCUCCUGUCCCGGGAUCCAGCUGUUGGUAGUGAAGCCUCCAGUUAUUCCAGCAUCAACGGCAGCAAGUCUGUUCUGCCCUGUGUGCCCUGCACAGGCGCAGCCAACUCAAGCUUUGUGACCUGUCCUACCUGCCAGGGUUCAGGGGAGAUCCCAAGUGAGCUGGAAAAACAGCUGGUGGCACUCAUUCCAUAUGGAGACCAAAGGCUAAAACCUAGGAGAACAAAGCUCUACGUUUCCCUGGCUGUGUUCACCUGCCUGCUGAUGACAUCCCUUAUCAUCUUCUUUCUAUUCCCUCGAUCCAUCCUGGUACAGCCAGCCGGGCUGAGUUCUUCAGAGGUGGCCUUUACUGACCACUCCAUCCUCCUCAAUGUGACGAAUGUCCUCAACAUUACCAACAACUACUACUAUCCUAUCACUGUAACCCAGCUCAACAUCGAGGUCCUGCACUUAUUGCUUGUUGUGGGGCAGAUGGAAGAAAGCAUCCUUUUGCACAUUGGCCCUUUGAGCAGUGAACAGAUAAUCUAUUCGGUAACCAGCAGGAUAGAUGAUGAAAACACAUACAACAUCUGUACCUGGUUGAAAAUCAAAGUGCACAAUGUACUUCAGCACAUACGGGGCACCCUGACCUGCUCCUACCUGAGCCAUACGGAACAACUGGCUUUCCAGAGCUACGACUACGUGGACUGCCGGGGGAAUACCUCGCUCCCUCACUCACUGGUGCCUCACCCACCAUGAUGCUGCCUGCUGUCCACAGCUCCCUCAUCUCCUGCCCUCCUCCUAUUGCCUCCUCUGCCAAAGGACUGCGUUCCACUGAUUCUUAUUUGGGCCACGAAUGAAGAAACCCACCUUGUUCUCCCUUCCCCACCCCGGGAUUGCCUGUGGGAAGGAGGCUGUGGCAGUGCUGGGAGCUGCUAACAGUGAUCCUGACCUAUCUGUGGGAAGGGCCUCUCCCCAGACCAAAUGGUACCCAAGAGAAAAGGCUGGUCUAAGCUUUUCUCCAAUGUAGGGUCUCUGUCCUGUGGCACCUCCUAAUCCUGCACCUCCCUCACAUAGUCCCCAACAUUUUUACCAAAAUUUUGCACUGAGAUGAAGAUAUGAUAGGGUCUUAGUUAAAUGUGGAGAUAGUUGUGGUUUAAUGUGACUUUUUUCUCUUUUUAGCAUGUGUACUUUCAAUUUGUACCUUUCUGCUAAGUGUGAGGAAGUGGGGUCUGCUAUACCUCAGACUAUGGAGUGUUAGGGAGCCCCUUUGUGAUGGAAUCAUGUGCCUAUUAACAAGUCUUGAUUAUGGAUCUUGGGAAAAGUUAAGGCAGAAAAUAUAGUCAUGUGUUGGUAAUUAUAUCCUGGGCCUGUAUCUGCUGGAUUGCCUCAUUUGAGACCCUCUGAGUUUUCUGUUAACCCUUGCCCUGUGUCUCUGGAACAUGUGCUAGAAACCCCUGAGCACUGAAUCAUGUGAGAGGAUUUUAAAGAGAAUACAGCCAGAAUCUGUCUUUCCCCUAGUAGUUUGUACUCUGCCAUCAGAGGAGGAGAGCCUACUGGUUACAGGGUAAUACCCAGGCGCUGUAACUCUGAGGGGGCAGAGGUGAUGGAUUUUACACAGGCCACUGGUUCCUAACUGCCCGGUCACUACGAGUUCUACUUCAGCUAACAUUCCUCCCCUGCUUUGUGAAAAUAGCCACAUUCACUCCCUUGGAAGUAGGUGAUGAGAGUCAGUAGUGAAGGCUCAGGGACAAGGGCUCCACAAAAUGAGAGGGAAGGUGUAACCUCCACAGCUUUUGAACCAAUAGUGAAGCCACUUUCAAAAUAGAAAAGGGAGGCCUCCCAGGUCCCAACAAGCAAGCAGGUCUGUGAUUUCCUUCAUGGUUUUUUCUCUGUUUUGAGACACUAAAUUUCAGUGGUGGAGAAGGGAGCUUUACUGCCACUAACUAGCCCUGUCUUCUUACCUGAAUCUGCCAAGGAGAGAAAGGACGGUCAUGAUUUUGAUAUUUUUUUUCCUUUUUCUUCAAAAUGGAUUUGCCAGAUCAUGAGGCAGGACACAAGGAGCUAUUGAAGACAAUCUCUCUUCUCAGGAAUGUCUGAGUUGGUCCCUGCCUUAUGUCAGGGCUUCAAGCUUUUCCAGAGACUUUUUGAUAUUAUGACGUCAGGGGGAGGCUGGGGGAGUAGGGAAAGGGGGAUUUAUCCUUAUCCUUUCCUCCUUUUUGUUGUGAAGCCAGAACUAAGCCUAAAAUAAACCCCUAAGACUAGCCUGUAA